AUGACCAGUCCCAGGAAGAGACCAGCUGACAAAGAUGUCGCUGAGGUAUGUCUCCUUUCAUUGUUCGAUUCAACAGCAAGGGAGAUCUGA